CAAUUCUUGUCCUCUGACCUGGACUGUGUAAGCACGUCUGUAGGUUCAGAGUAGGCUAACUGACUCAGUACACUAAAUGGUAGCAUGCAUAAGGAAGGAUUUAUGCUGGGCAUCUGAGAAGGAUUUAUCUAGUGACUCCAACAACAACGUUAUAAAAUAUCCGUCUUACAAGCAAUGGCCACGUUUUACAAGCCCCUUGUGAGGUUUUGGAGAUGUGCUAAAGCUACACUUCGUAUAAUUGUAUUAUGUGCAUUGGCAGCCAUUGGAAAAUUUAUACCGGCGAUUCGAUCACACAUCGAGGCUAUCGCCGAAGUCGUGCUGGAAGGAACACCUGUGACAGGAAACGAUUUUGCUCAGUCUGUACUGAAUUUUAGAUUUCUAAAAGCAGCCUGGGAGCAAAAUAUUAACAAUGCUCUAUCAAAGGCAGAGUUGUUUGGUGUGGCAAGCAAUCCGGAAUUAAUAUCUCUAGACGGAAAAACAAAACGGCGGAUUUUGGAUUUUCAAAUCGAGACACGCCCUCUUGUGGUAAACUUUGGAAGCUGUACCUGACCUCCGUUCAUGGCGAAACUUUCGCAGUUCAACGAGCUUGUCGCUCGUUAUAGCCAUUCUGUUGAUUUCUUAGUUAUCUAUGUUAAAGAAGCACAUGCCGUCGACGAAUGGUAUUUAGGGGAAAGGAGUCUAACAAUAGAACAACACAAGGGUCUACAAGACCGUUUAAAGGCUGCAAGGUUACUAACAGAUCAAACACUCAUUUGUCCUGUGUUCGUAGAUGGUUUUCAGAACGAGGCUGCAGCUGCUUAUGGGGCCCUGCCAGAGAAGUUAUGCGUCAUCCAAAAUGGCCGGAUCGUCCACAACCAGCGUGGCGGCCCGGAAUAUUAUUCCAUUCCAAAUUUAAAAGAUUGGCUUCAAAAGCACGUGGAUGAAGCGUAACACCACGGCAAUAAUGAAUUCCCUAAUUAUGUGGAAAUAUAUUGCCCUAAGGAGUACCGAUGCAAACUUAAAUUCCCACAGCCAGGGGAAAUUUAACAAAGCGUAUGGCAGGAAAGUUUUAUUUUCAUCAGCAGCAUCUUUUGUAUAUCAUAUUCUGAAAUAUGACACCUCGCAUUGAAAAAAUUUGCGUGAAAUAAUUCUUCGAAGCCAAAGCUAUACAGGCUACGCAUUAGAGAUAGUAAGUGGUUCAUUUAAUCGAAUAUGUAGUGUUGCACGUCAUACUAAAGAAUAUGUUUCAUUUGUGUGUUAGGAGUCGGACUCAUGGCUCGAUUAAACUGAUGUUCCCCAAAUAAACCUCAACCUCUCACCUGACAUAUACAUAGCAAUUCCGGCGGCUUAAAGCAGCAGCUAAACCACAGCUGGAUUUGAACCGGCUUGAUGGUUACUCAGGAUCUGUCAUGUCUGUAAAACAAAACAAGUGUAGGGAAGUGAAAAAACCAACCUGAAAUUCAAAUGUUCAACGUUUGCAACAAAAACAGAAUAUGUUUAUACGGUAUUCUUGGUUACGAGUAGUUAACAUGUUUUAAAAAAUUGGUAAGACCUAUCAAAUUCCUAAGCUAAGUAUUGAUGAAUGAGAGGCCUUAAACGGUUACGUCUUCUGCCUCCAUUAGAGAAUGCAUAAUGAACACCAUAACCAAACAGUAAAAUUAAACAUAAACACUUUAUACGCAAGACUCAGAGAAACAAGAGAGUCUUUAUGUAGAGAGAAAUGAUCAAGGUGAUAUGGAUUAUGUAUAAAAUGAUUUUGAUGUAAUCCAAAUCCGGUGUCGAAGGUUUGUUCUUCGAAACUGAUGAAGUUUACCGGAUGUCAAAUGGAAGCGAACAUUUGUGUAUUUCUUAUGCGUCUGUUUACACAUGAAUGUGCUCAUAGUUAUGUAGUCAACAUUUGUUUAUUAAUUGGCCAUGUCUAUAAAUACAAUAUUUGCUAUUUGCAUGAAGGUCAUGACCUAUGUGUAACGUAUACAUGACACGCGGUCGGUAGAAUGAUAUGUAUAGACAUGGACCCGUGUUUCUUGGAAACAUUCUAUAUGUGACACAAAGAAAUGUCACCGUCUGUAAAUAUGUAACUCACCAAUGAUAGUGUAACUUCUGAAAAGUUCUCUGGAAUACACUUGAUGCUAUGUGGGUUGUGUACAACAGACUUGUUAGGAUAUGAGAUAUGUUUGUAAUACCGGCAUGGAGCUAUGUGAGUUGUUUACAACAGACUUGUUAGGAUAUGAGAUAUGUUUGUAAUACCGACAUGGAGCUAUGUGGGUUGUUUACAACAGACUUGUUAGGAUAUGAGAUAUGUUUGUAAUACUGACAUGGAGCUAUGCGAGUUGUUUACAACAGACUUGUUAGGAUAUGAGAUAUGUUUGUAAUACCGGCAUGGAAUUUAGUUUCAUUGAAUGCUAUAAAAUUGUUGUUGACUUUCA